AUGGCGGCCGAAGUGGAUGUUCGCGCCAUCUCGGCCUUUUCCUCCCUCCCUGAGAGUUCCGUCACUUCACUCGUCAGUCAGCCAACGUCCGAGCUUGUUAUUGCUUUCCUGCGCGCGAUCGAAGCCAAAGUGAAAGAGUUUGAGCACACCAAGUCCCAAAAGGUCAAACUCGAGAUCGAGCUCGAAACGGUUGUACGGACAAGUGAAUCCAAAUCAAAAGUUCUACAGAACUCGCGCGACAAAGCCCUUGCCGAGUCAAGCAAACUUCGCGUUGAGUUGCAAACGUCCGAAAAUGCACGAUCAAGGUUGGAGACCGAACUCGAACAGUUCCGUUCCGCCACAGCAAAUGAGAGCUCCGAGGUCAAUACUCUGAAAUCUCGUAUUUCGUCCCUCGAAGCCUCCAACCGAGAUACCCUAGCUCUGUUGGAAUCCAAAAAUGCUGCCUACGAAAGUCUAUCCCAGGACCUCGCGACGCAGCAUCAAAAGACUGCCGAACUGAGAAAGCAAAUCAAUACCCUGGAGCAGUCGGUACAGUCUGCAAAUGCAACCGUUGCAAGUGCGCGAUUCAGGGAGCAGUCCCUUCAGCAAGAAGUCGAAAUGCUCAAGAAAAACAACGAGUGGCUCGAGACAGAGCGGAAGAUCAAGGCCGAAGAGCACACCACUUUUCGAAAGGAGAAAAACGCGAGGAUUUCGGAACUUUCAAGGCUGAAUGAGCAAUACAUCUCCGAAGCUGAGACUCUGAGGCGUUCCGAGACUUCUCUCAAGCAACGCCUCGAGGAGCAAACGGCUAGGUUUGAAGAAACAUUGGAGGAGAUGCAGAAGGUGCGGGAAGAGAAGAUGUCUGCGGAGGAUGCAUUCAGAGUGGAACUCGAGAGCGUAAACCGUCUAGCUGAGCUUCAAGCAGCGUCUGCUGAAACAGCUAAACAGCGCGUUCAAGAGCUUUCUGCUGCCCUGGAAGAAGCCCGCGAGGAGGCUGCUGAAGAGAUUGGCACCAUGCGCGCUGAGAUCGAAACCGAACAUAAUGAUCGAGUCAGUGCUGAGCAGCGUGUUGCCGAACUCGAGGAAUCUCUACAGCAGAUGUCAAGCGAACUGGAACUGGCUCGGGCAAGACACAGUACCCCUCAGCGUACAACCAAUGGUUCAGGCAUCACGACACCGCUUCGACCAGGAACCCCGAGUGGCAUCUUCUCUCCGGCUUCCGUAUCUAGAGGGAAAUCUCAAAUGACCAUGACCCAACUUUUCUCGGAGUACAAGAAGCUCGAAGGAGAAUUGGCCAGCGAGAAGCGCGCUAGAGAGCAAUUACAAGAAAGUCUUGACGCCAUGGUCGACGAACUAGAAAACAACAAGCCUGAGAUUGAAGAGCUGCGUGCCGACCACGCCCGACUGCAAAGCGAAGUCGUCGAAAUGUCCGCGAUUGUCGACAAGACAAACGCUGAUCGGGACGCCACAGUGAAAGAGUUGAGAAAGUGCCAAGGCCAACUUGAGAGCAAGUCGAGGGAGGUUGAGGUUCUGUCUCAACAACUUCGAGAUUUGGGUUCUGAAGUUCGGUACCUCCUGGCCGACCAAUAUGUUCGCGAGCGAGGCGAGACCUUCACCCGCGAAGAUUUCCAGGAAUUGGAGAGACAGCACGAAGCUGCAAUGUCACAAGACAUUGCAAACCUCUCCGAAAAUCAACAAUUAAUUAAUCAGCGACUCAUUGUUUUCAGGAACAUCACCGAACUACAACAACAGAAUGAGAACCAGCUAAAGACGAUCCGAAACCUAGUCAGCGAGCUAGAGAGCAACGAAGCAAAGGACCGAGAGCAACAAAACUAUGCUCUCAGCCGCGAACUAGAGCAAGCUCGUGCACAAAUUGCCUCGUACCAGGAUGAGCUGAGGACGAUGGUCGCUCAGACCAAGAGUUUUGUCAAAGAAAGAGACAUGUUCCGGAACAUGCUGACCAGACGCGGUCACCUACCGAGUCAAGUCCAACCUAAUGACUUCUCCCGGUCGCUACCAGUCCCCAGUGGAGAGUCACCAGCAGGACUUGUAGCCGGCGGCGACUCUGACUACGCCAAGCUUCUCAAAGAUCUUCAACAACAUUUUGAUUCGUACAGACAAGAAGCUUCGACUGAUCACACCGCGUUGAAGAACCAGGUUGCCGAGUUGAGCAGGAAAAACUCGCAGUUGCAGACCGAAAUUAGUCGGACUGUGGGGCAAUUGACAGCUGCAAAUCAACGAUAUGAGAUGCUGCAAGCCAACUACAACUCCCUCAAGAACGAAAACGGUGAGAUCCAAAAGCGUUCAUACGCUGCUAUGGAGAAUGCGACCAAAAACGAACUGAAGACGCAGCAAGUGGCAGAGGAGCUCGUCGAGGCUCGCAACCUGCUUGAUAGCCUGCGCAGGGAUUCGGCGAAUUUGAAGGCGGAGAAAGAUUUGUGGAAGAGCGUCGAACGACGCUUAAUCGACGACAAUGAGUCUCUGCGGAGCGAGCGAAGCCGACUAGACCAGCUCAAUGCAAGCCUCCAAACUAUGAUCAACGAGCGGGAGCAGACAGAUGCUGAAACGCGACGCCGACUACAAUCCCAGGUGGAGUCAUUGGAAUCUGAACUUCAAUCGACCAAGAGAAAGCUCAAUGACGAAAUCGAAGAAAGUAAGAAGGCUGCUUUACGCCGAGAAUAUGAGCAUGAACAAGCUCAAAAGCGAAUCGACGAUCUCGUCACAAGCUUGAGCGCCACGAAAGAGGAGCUUGCCUCAGCGAAGACGGCUAGGGACCAUUUGCAAGCCAGGGUUGAUGAGCUCACGGUAGAGCUCAGGUCUGCCGAAGAACGGUUGGAAGUUCUUAGCAGGCCGGCGGAACCUACGAUGGAGACAAGCUCUUCCGAGGACACCGCUUUGAGCAAAGAACAAGAACUGGCCGUGGAAGUUUCAGAACUUAAACGUGACCUUGAACUCAAGACGGCGGAACUCGAACGCGCCAACGAACAAGUGGAGGUUUACAAGAAUAUCAGUCAGUCAAGCGAAGAGCGCCUCCAAGAACUCAGCGAGACCAACGACCAGUAUCGCGAAGAAACAGAGGCCGCCCUUGCUGAGAAGGACGCCAAAAUCAAGGAUCUCGAGCAACAAAUUGAAGAUAUUUCCGCUGAACUCAAUACCACCAAUCAAGAGCUGUCACGGCUGCGGGAUGAGCAAGCAGAGUUUGGUCGGAAACUCGAUGAACAGAAGGCCGGGUUCGAGUCUGAGAUUGAGCGGCUGAAGGAAGAGGCCGAAAAGAGUGCCGAGCAAGCACAAUUCAACCUGGAGGCGUCCAAAAUCCAAGCUCAAAUUGCUACGGAAGCUCAACAAAACUAUGAGACUGAGCUGUUGAGGCAUGCCGAAGCAGCGAAGACCUUGCACACAGUCAGAGCCGAAGCCAAUGAACUUAAAUUAGAGAUAGUCGACCUGCGAACGCAAGCUGAAACGUCCAAGGCAGAUCUGGAGAGGAAACAAGCCAGUUGGGAGGAAAUGAAAGAGAGGUAUGAGAGAGAGCUAGCAGAUCUAAGGAAGCGCCGCGAAGAGCUCGCCCAGCAGAACAACCUGUUGCACAGUCAACUCGAAAGUGUUACUCAGCAGAUUACGGCUCUGCAACGCGAUCGCGCAGCUCUUACGGAAGGCGUGAACGGAGAAGCAUCUGCCCAGUCUUCUGCGGAGCUCGACAAGCUGCAAGAGGUGAUCACCUACCUACGUCGGGAGAAGGACAUCGUCGAUGUCCAAUAUCAACUCUCAGUUCAAGAAGCAAAGAGGCUACGACAGCAGCUAGAGUUUACCCAAUCACAAUUAGACGAGACACGGUUGAGGCUCGAUCAGCAACGUCGGUCGGAGGCAGAUGCGGAACGCAACGCCCUCAGCCACAACAAGCUCAUCGAAACUCUCAAUGAGUUGAAUCUGUUCCGCGAAAGCAGUGUCACCCUGCGAGCAGAGGCGAGACAAGCUACCCAAGCUUUGGCCGAAAAGACCCGGCGCGUGGAGGAACUGGAAGGCGAAGUACAGUCUUUACACGCCCGUGUUGCCGAGCUGGAGAACCUUUUGGAAUUGAAAGAAGGGGAGUUGAAACUGAGUCAAGAAGACCGAGACCACUGGCAACAACGCACCCAGAACAUCCUCUCGAAGUACGACCGAGUCGACCCAGCGGAGAUGGAGGCACUCAGAGAGAAGAUGACCACUCUUGAGCAAGAACGUGACUCUGUCCGCGGAGAGCUCGAUAAUGCCAUUGCCGAGCGCGACGAAGCUCGUACAGCUCUUCAAGCGCAAAUCGAGAGCACACAGGCCGCAGUCGACUCUGCUAAAGGCGAGUUGAAGACGAGACUGGAAACGCAGUUUAAGGGGGUCAUCAAAGAGAAAAACAAUACUCUACGCGAGCGAAAAGUCGAGUUUGAUGCACUUGUAGCCGAACGAGAUGCUCUACAUACGGAGCUUGAUUCACUGAAGGAACAACUGGCUGCGACCGAAGCACAUCCUCCUCCGGCCGCAUCGGUUCAAACCAAUGGCGAACAUCCAGCAAGUGCCGACUCUUCAACCACUAACGGCACAGCUGGCGCCGACACGGCCGAGCUGGCAGCCAGGAUAAAGGAAUUGGAGGAGAUGUUGGCAGAGAAGACCAAGGAGCUCGACCAGCUGAAAUCUGCGCAGGAAGAGAGGUUCAAGUCGAGAGUGGCUGCCAAUGAAGCGAUUCUGAACAAACGAUUGGCUGAGUUUAAGCAACAAGCCCAGCAAGCGAAAGUGACUGCUCUUGAAGAGUUGACCGCGAAGCUCAAUGCCCAGCAUCAACAGGAAAUGGAGGCACUUAGGGCUCAGUCGGUGCCUGUUGCAAGCGAGCUACAGAAGCCCGUCACAGAAUCGACUAGUCCCGCUACUCCCGUGGUCAAUGGCGAGAUCCCUGACGAGGUAUUGCUGUCUCUGCCCGAAGAGAAAGCUAGAUUCCUCGUGAACAAGAACGAAACUGUACGACGGAUAGUCAGGGCCAACAUCAGCAAGGGCCUAGAAAAAGAAAAGGAAAAUAUCCGCAAAGAAAUGGCAGAAACACAAAGCUUGCAGAACGAAGGGACUUCUACAGCACUGUCUGAGCAAUUGGAAGAGAGGCUUAAGUCCGAAAAAGAAGCCAUCAUCCAACAAAAGGAGGCCGAGUUCGAGACGGAGAAAGAAGCUUUGAUCAGACAGUAUGAAGAGAAGCUCGCCCAGGAAAGGCAAGACAUGGCCAGCAAGCACGAAGAGGAGCUCAAGGCUCAAAAGCUUCAACUCGACGAAGAAUCGGCGAAGAAAAUCGAAGAACAAGUCAAGAAUGCCGAGCAGUUGGCGGAGAAGCGAGGUACUGUCAAACUUAACAUGUCUCAGAACAGAGCAGCCCUGGCAACUGCGAAAGUAGAGGUGGUGAAGAAAGCAGCAGAGGAGACUCCUGAGAAGCCGGUUGCAGAGGUGUGGCAAGUCGCCAAAGAUGCGAAACCCACUGCCGCAAGCAAUCCAGCAGCACCAAAACCAUCUGCUCCUGCAGCAGCUGCUACUACACCUGCACAAGUCACAGUGAAGCCAAACAUCCCUGUGAAAGCCGAAGAGCCACCUCAGUCUCAAAGUGUGGCUCCCGAGCAAGCAGCGGUUGCCGAACCUGCUGCGCAGCAACCUAAGCCGAAUCCAUUCAAUCCACCUGCCUCUCAGCCAAGUCCCUCUCAGGCGGCUCAACCUGCCCAGCCCGCUCAACCUCCUCAGGCUGCUCAGCCCGCUCCGGCCGUUCAUCCUGAAACUGCAAAGCAACCUCAAGCAGGCGCGGCCUUGAUGCAGCAACUCCAAUCUGGAAUUCCCCGCGGUGGAUCAAACCGUGGUCGAGGAAGCGGUAUUCCCAGAGGCCGUGGAGCACCCAGAGGCGGUCGUGGCGGUGGCCCGGGUGUACACACCGGUGGGAGCCAACAGCAAGGCAGAGGUGGAGGUGGAGGUGCCAACAGCCCAAGUCGAGGUGCGUUGAAUCCUCAGGCGGCUCAAUUUACUCCUGGUGGUGGAAACAAGAGAUCUCGUGAAGACGGCGAGGUCGCAGAAGGCGGCGGGCAAGGGAAGAGAAUCCGCGGCGAAGGGGCUACGGCGCAAUAG